CACAGGGUGGACAGGAAGCUUUCUGCAUGCUGUGUUGAACUUGGUUAAGUAGCAGUCUGUCACUUACUUUGUGCUGAGAGCGUCCUGCAUCAAAACAACACGGGCUAAAACUUUCUGCUGAAGGAUUGUCAAAAUGGUGGUGAUUCAGGCAAGAUGCAUUAAAUAUUGUCUCCUUAUACUCAACCUGAUAUUUGCGUUGCUGGGACUCAUCAUUUUGCUACUGGCAUUUUGGUUUCGCUUUGAUGAAAGGACAAAAAGUCUUUAUGAAGUUGGUGCGAAUGGGGAGAAAUUAAUUAUUGGUAUUUAUGUCAUGUGGGCAGCGGGCGGCUUGCUGCUGGUUUCAGGUUUCACAGGAUACUUUGCUGUAACCAAGGAAUCAAAGUGUUUACUUUGGUUUUAUCUUGUACUUAUUGUGAUAUUAUUCCUGAUUGAAAUGACCGUUGCAAUCUGGGCAUUUGCACAAAAAGAUGUGGUCAUUGAGCAGUUGCAGGAUGCUUACGCUGGCACCAUCGAUCUGGACAAACAAGAUGAUGUAGACUUCAAAUGCAUGAUCAAUGCUCUGCAUAAAACCUUGGACUGCUGUGGUUACAAAUCUAAAUCAGGCCAAAUAAGAGGAUGUGACUCUUCCAAAUUUAAGGACUGCCUAGAGCGUAUUGAACAUAUCAUCAACUCCAAGCUUCAUAUUUUUGCAGCAGUUGCCUUUGGUAUUGCCCUCAUUACGGUUUUCGGGAUAAUCUUCACGAUUCUGUUGUACCGAUCCAUCAAGCGAUCAGCAGAUAUAAUUUAACAGUCUGAACAUUAGACAUCAAAAUGCCAUUCUGAAACAAUGCAUGUUUGUUUUUUAUAAGGCAAAUACUAUUUUUGGAGCAAAAGAAACCCCAAUCAUUAAUUUCCAUUUAUCAUUUCCAAAAUGUGUUAAUUUUUUGUUAAAAUGUAUCUUCAUUGAGCAGAGCAGAAUUUGAGGGCAUUUUCAUUCUGUAAUUUUAAGUAUUGAGUGCCAAUGUUUAGACUAAUUAAGUUACAGGCCGUGGGCUAGAGGUUGUUGUAAUUUAAGACACAAAUGAGUCCAUCUUGGGCCAGGCCUCCAGCAAACUGGCUGCUGCAAAGGGACAAACUGAAAGGGACAAUCAGUGAAGAUCUAACAUUUGAGCUCAAUUUCCCUCCCAUCGCUCAAUUGUCCCCUUUCGUCCAAUUUUACUGACCUGCAGUGAAUAGCUCACCUCAUCAUCCUUCCAGAAAUAGGCCCACUCAAAUAUCUUGCGUCUGCUUUGCUGGUGUGAGUGUGAGCAGUGAAUGCCACCUGAUGACCAUUCAAGAAGGGUGUAUGACGACAGCUUGCUUCUAUUACAACUUCAAAAUAAGGUGUUUCACAGCAGUAGCAAAACUAAUUGCUUCAACCUUUGUUACAUCAUCCACUUCUCACUUUGGACUCAAUAAAGUGGGUACCAAACUCUCAUUAUCAGAGGGUCACAGAGAUGUACAGCAUGGAAACAGACCCUUCGGUCCAACUCAUCCAGGCUGACCAGAUAAAACCAACCUAAUCCCAUUCUGAAACCUAUCCCUCUGAACCCUUCCUAUUUAUCGACCCAUCCAGGUGUCUUUUAAGUGCUGUAAUUGUACUAACCUCCACCACUUCCUCUGGCAGCUCAUUCCAUACAUGCACCACCCUCUGCAUGGAAAAGUUGCCCCUUAGGUCCCAUUUAUAUCUUUCCCCUCCCACCCUAAACCUAUGCCCUCUCAUUCUGCACUCCCCAACCCCAGGAAAAGACCUUGUCUAUUUAUCCUAUCCAUGCCCCUCAUGAUUUUAUAGUAAUUUACGAGACCUCUCCACCCCCAUCGACACCAUGUCAGCUAUCCUCAAAGCAAUCCAGUUGGUCCCAUUCCCCUAUUUAGUCCCUUCAAUCAAUUUUAUUUCCUUCAGGUAUCCAACCAACUUUUUAUCAUCACUCCUUCCACAGGCAGUGAGUUCAAAGAGAUUAAGUUGCUCUGUAAGAGGUUCGUCCAUACGUUCUGUCCCCAUCAUUUUGCACAAAACUUUAAAACUGUUCAUCUCUCAGUCCUCAUAUUGUCAUGGUGACAGUGUUUGCUCAUCUACCUUAGCUAAAUAUGUCUCGCUAUUUUUUCCUUGAUGUUAGAUUCAAGCAUUUACCCCAUUAUAGAGGUUAGCUAACUGGCCUAUAGUUACCUGUCUUUCAUGUACCUCCUUUUGUAAACAUAUAUCAUGUUUGCUGUUUUCUAAUCUACUGGAACUGCCUCAGACUCCACUGAAUAUCCCCCACCAUCUCUUUUAGUACCCUGGGAUGCAUUCCAUCAGGGCCAGGAGAUUUGUCUACCUUUAGCCCCAUUAGUUUGUCCAAAACUACCUCUUUAGAGAUAAGGAUCCUUUCUCAGUCCUCACCUGCCAUUGCCUCCUGGUCAGCAAUUACUGACAUGUUACUUAUAUUUUCCACUGUGAAAACCGACACAAAAUAUCUGUUCAACUCUUCGGCCAUUUCCUCAUUUCCCAUUAUUAAGUUGUCUUUUCAUCUUCUAAAGGACCAGUGUUUACCUUAGCCACUCUUUUUCAUUUUAUGUAUUUGUCAAAACAUUUGCUAUUUGAGCUAGAUGGCUCUCAUAAUCUAAUCUUACCCUUCUUUAUAGCUUUUUUUAUGGUUUUCUGUUGACCUUUGGAGAUUUGUAUAGCUUACUAUUUAGUAGGAUAUUGCAUUAGCUUUCAAUUUGAUACGUCCUUUAUUUCCUUAGUUAUCCAUGGCUGAUUAUCACUUUUCCUCUAGUCCUUCCAUUUUACUCAUAUAUACUUUUGCUGAGCACGGUGAAAAAUUGCUUUGAAAGUCCUCCACUGUUCCUCAAUUGUCCCACCUUAUAAUGUUUGCUUCCAGUUUACCUUAGCCAAUUCCUUCCUCAUCCCAUUGUAGCCUCCUCUGUUUACGCACAAGACACAGCUAUUGGGUUUGACCUUCUCACCCUCCAUCUGUAUUUUAAAUUCACUGUGAUCGCUCCUUCUGAGAGGAUUCCUCACCGUGAGAUCAUUAACUAUUCCUGUCUCAUUACACAGGAUCAGAUCUAGGAUAGCUUGAGUCAUAUUGGUCGCAAUAAGUUAAUUCUGUUCCUCUUUCGACAGGUGCUGCCAGACCUGCUGAAGUUUCUCCAGCAUUCUCUCUUUUGAUUCUAUUCACUACUUGCCUGUCAUCCUAUUACAGGCAGAUUAUGACAUCCUCACAUGCCUCUCCUCCCAGUUUUGUAUCAAAUCAUGGCAGUGGUGAGCAGGUAUUCCCGGACCUACAUCUGAGAGCUGUAGGUUUGGUGGAAGGCUUCACCUCUCAAUGAGACCAGACUGAUUCUCCAAUACUUGCUAUGAACCUACAUUCAGAAAGUGCUGGCCCAAUAAAACCAAUUCCAAUAGUUCAAAUGUCCUCAUUACUGAACAUAGUUUUCAGGUUUUAUUAAUGACGUUCUGUAAUUCCAUGCCUCCUUGUCAGGAAAAUUGCCUGCAUUUAUAAAAUAGAGUGUGUUUAACAUGAUUAACAGCUUUAACUCACCUCUGGAUUAAGGUUGAGUAUAAUACUGCCUUACGUCAUUGGUGAGAUAGUGCAGCCUUGUUUGCUAUGACUUUGCGCAUAUUUUAGAUUAGCACUUUCAACAACAUUAAACAACUAUAAAUGCGAACAAUAAAAUCAAUAAUGAUA